AGAGAGCAGAAACAGGACUUAGCCGGAAUAGUAAGAUCUCAGAAGGAAAACAUGCUGAGGGAUUCAGCCUAUUCUUUUCCAAGUUCUUGCCCUGGAUCUCAUCUCCUUCACAGCAAGGACUGGCAACAGCAGUGACUGUAGGGCCAUUUGACUGUGAUCUUAGUGUCAGCCACACAAGAUCUGAAGAGUGCCCCACCAGAAGAAACGCCUCUCUUUUCUUGAGCACCUUGAACAUUUGUGUUGGAGAGGAUAAAGUGAAGAGGCAAUGAUCAGGAUAGGAGGAAAUCAUAAAUCUUGAUUUAAAGGGAAGUAGGAAGCAGAAAAGGCCACUCGGAAUGGAACCCUGGAAUUCUACCUUUGGAAGUGGAUUCAUCUUGGAGGGGAUUCUGGAUGGCAGUGGCUCUCCUGAACUGCUCUGUGCCACAGUUACAUUCCUGUACAUGUUGGCACUGACCAGCAAUGGAAUGCUACUAUUGGUCAUCACAGUGGAUGCCCGGCUUCAUGUACCUAUGUACCUCCUACUGAGGCAGCUGUCUCUCAUUGACCUCCUCUUCACAUCAGUUGUAACUCCCAAGGCUGUUAUGGAUUUUCUGCUCAGAGACAACUCCAUAUCCUUUGAGGGAUGUGCCCUUCAAUUGUUCUCAGCAAUGACAUUGGGUGGUGCAGAGGACCUCCUUCUGGCUUUCAUGGCCUAUGAUAGGUAUGUGGCCAUUUGUCAUCCUCUAAACUACAUGAUCUUCAUGAGUCCAAAGGCCUGCUGGCUCAUGGUGGCCACCUCAUGGAUCCUGGCAUCCCUUAGUGCACUAGGUCAUACAGCGUACACAAUGCACUUCCCUUUCUGCAUGUCCCAGGAAAUCAGACACCUGCUCUGUGAGGUUCCUCCAUUGUUGAAGUUGGCUUGUGCCGACACAUCUCAAUAUGAGCUCAUGGUUUAUGUGACAGGAGUGAUAUUUCUAUUGCUCCCACUCUCUGCCAUCGUCACCUCCUACUCACUAAUUCUGUUCACUGUGCUACAUAUGCCAUCAAAUGAGGGCAGGAGGAAAGCCCUUGUCACCUGUUCCUCCCACUUGACUGUGGUUGGGAUGUUCUAUGGGGGUGCCACUUUCAUGUAUGUGCUGCCCAGUUCCUUCCACAGUCCUAAGCAAGACAAUAUCAUCUCUGUGUUCUAUACAAUUGUCACACCGGCUUUGAACCCCCUCAUUUACAGCCUGAGGAAUAAGGAGGUCAUCGGAGCUUUUAGAAGGGUUCUGGGGAGACAUAUUAUACCAGCACACUCCACCCUUUAGGAAUGAUUCAUAGCUUCUCUCUGAAUAUUCCUUCAAACAAAUUGCUAUUUCGAUUAUUCUUUAAUGUUUUUCUCUUACUUAGAUGAUAUAUACACUAUUGUGCUUUCA